AUGGAGAGUACGCCCAGCUUCCUGAAGGAGACCCCAGCCUGGAAGAAGACAGCCCCUGAGAAUGGCAUCGUGGGACAGGAGCCGGAUACUCCGCCUCGGGAUGGGCUGCAUCAUGGGGCACUGUGCCUGGGAGAGCCUGCUCCCUUCUGGAGGGGUGUCCUGAGCACCCCGGACUCCUGGCUUCCCCCUGGCUUUCCCCAGGGCCCCAAGGACACACUUCCACUUGUGGAGGGUGAAGUCCCCCUUAAUGGGGAGAGGAGGGCCAACUGGCUGGGCAGCAAAGAGGGACUCCGCUGGAAGGAGGCGAUGCUUACCCACCCUCUGGCAUUCUGCGGGCCGGCGUGCCCACCUCGCUAUGGCCCCCUGAUUCCUGAGCAUAGUGGUGGCCAUCCCAAGAGUGAUCCUGUGGCCUUCCGACCUUUGCACUGCCCUUUCCUUCUGGAGACCAAGAUCCUGGAGCGAGCUCCCUUCUGGGUGCCCACCUGCUUGCCACCCUACCUGGUGUCCAGCUUGCCCCCAGAGCGUCCAUGUGACUGGCCCUUGACCCCGCACCCCUGGGUGUACUCCGGGGGCCAGCCCAAAGUGCCCUCUGCCUUCAGCUUAGGCAGCAAGGGCUUUUACCACAAAGAUCCGAGCAUUCUCAGGCUGGGAAAGGAGCCCUUGGCAGUUGCGGAACCUGGAUUGUUGGGCUUAGCCCCUGGUGGGCAUCUGCAAAGAGCCGGGGAGACGGAACGCCCUUCACUCCACCAGAGGGAUGGAGAGACAGGAGCUGGCAGGCAGCAGAAUCUUUGCCCACUUCUCAUGGGGCAUCCAGAUACUGUUUCCCGGGCCCCCUGGCCUGCUUGUCCCCCAGGCCUGGUUCAUACUCUUGGCAACGUCUGGGCUGUACCGGGCAGUGGGAGCCUUGGGUACCAGCUGGGGCCACCAGCCACGCCAAGGUGCCCCUCUCCAGCACCUCCUACCACCCAGGGGGGCUGUUGCACAUCUCACCCACCUGCUAGAGGUGGGGGUCUUGGCUCUUGUGGGAAGUGCCAGGAGGGCCUAGAGAGGGGUCCCAGUGGAUCUGGUGAAUCCAGUGAGGAAGCGAACAGGCCCUCUGGUCCCAGGGUCUGCGCCCCCAGCUACCAUACUAAGCUGAAGAAGACGUGGCUCACGCGACACUCUGAGCAGUUUGGCUGUCCAAGCGGCUGCCCUGGGGACGAGGAGAACCCGGCUGCCCGGCUCCAGACCCUCAAGAGGGCAGGCAGCCCUGAGGUCCAGGGAGCAGUGGGCAGUCCAGCCCCAAAGCGCCCACCUGACCCUUUUCCAGGCACUGCAGGGCAUGGGGCCAGGGCUUGGCAGGAGGUGCUGGACGCAUCGAUAGGGAGCAAGGCAGAGGCAGAACAGCAUGGUGACCAGAGAGGACCCGGAGAUGGCAGGGCCAGCCUCCAGGACCCAGGGCUUCAGGACAGGUCUCGCCCGGCUGUCCCAGCAGCCAUCGCUCAGUGCCAAAGCUGUGCCCAUGCAGCUGGAGAGGUGGGAGGGCUGGCCUGCCACUCCCAGCAAGUGCGGAGAUUGCCUCUGGGAGGGGAGCAGCAGCAGGAGGAAGACUUGGCCACUGGCUCCGAGGAGAGGGGAGGGUCUGGCCCGGAGGCUCGGCUCAGCGUGGGCCUCGCCAAACAUCUGCUAAGUGGUUUGGGAGACCGACUAUGCCGCCUGCUGCGCAGGGAGCGGGAGGCCCUGGCCUGGGCACAACGGGAAGCGGGCCAGGGGCCAGCUGUGACAGAGGACAACCCAGGCAUUCCACGCUGCUGUAGCCGUUGUCACCACGGACUCUUCAACACCCACUGGAGAUGCCCCCACUGCAGCCACCGGCUGUGUGUGGCCUGUGGUCGCAUGGCUGGCGCUGGGAGGACCAGGGAAAAGGCAGGCUCUCAGGAGCAGUCUACAGAGGAGUGUACCCAGGAGGCUGGGCACACUGCCUUCUCCCUGAUACUGAUCCAGUGUGUCUCCAGCCAGGCUUUGGCAGAACUGAGCACAGCAAUGCACCAGGUCUGGGUCAAGUUUGACAUCCGGGGGCACUGCCCCUGCCAAGCUGAUGCCCGGGUGUGGGCUCCCGGGGAUGGGAGCCAGCAGAAGGAGGCGACAGAGAAAACUCCCCCAACUCCACAACCUUCCUGUAAUGGGGACACCACCAGGACCAAGGACAUCAAAGAGGAGACUCCGGACUCCACCGAGACCCCAGCAGAGGAUCGUGCCAGCCGAGGGCCCUUGCCCUGCCCCUCUCUCUGCGAACUGCUGGCCUCUACUGCUGUCAAACUCUGCUUGGGGCAUGAGCGGAUACACAUGGCCUUUGCCCCCGUCACUCCAGCCCUGCCCAGCGAUGACCGCAUCACCAACAUCCUGGACAGCAUCAUCGCUCAGGUUGUGGAACGGAAGAUCCAGGAGAAAGCCCUGGGGCCGGGGCUUCGGACUGGGCCGGGCCUGCGCAAGGGCCUGGGCCUACCCCUCUCGCCAGUGCGGGCCCGGCUGCCUCUCCCCGGGGCCCAGGCAGUCUUGGUCGCUCAGAGGACCCAGCCUGACCAUGGCGGGCACCUUGUGACCUCCUUUCUUUCCCCACUACAGCCUGUGUUGGUGUCAGGGAUUCAGAGGACACUACGAGGCAGCCUGUGGGGAACAGAAGCCCUUGGGGCUCUCGGAGGCCAGGUGCACGCGCUGACCCCCCUGGGGCCUCCCCAGCCCACAAGCCUGGGCAGCACCACCUUCUGGGAGGGAUUCUCCCACCCUGAGAUUCGCCCAAAGUCAGACGAGGGCUCUGUCCUCCUGCUGCACCGAGCUCUGGGGGAUGAGGACACCAGCAGGGUGGAGAACCUGGCUGCCAGCCUGCCACUCCCAGAGUACUGCGCCCACCAUGGCAAACUCAACCUGGCUUCCUACCUCCCCCAGGGCCCUGUCCUGCGUCCACUGGAGCCCCAGCUCUGGGCAGCCUAUGGUGUGAGCCCACACCGUGGACAACUGGGGACCAAGAACCUGUGUGUGGAGGUGACAGACUCGGUCAGCAUCCUGGUGCAUGCGGAGGCACCGCUGCCUGGCUGGCACCGGGCACAGAAAGACUUCCUUUCAGGCCUGGAUGGGGAGGGGCUCUGGUCUCCAGGCAGCCAGGUCAGCGCCGUGUGGCACGUGUUCCGGGCCCAGGACGCACAGCGCAUUCGCCGCUUUCUCCAGAUGGUGUGCCCGGCUGGUGCAGGCACCCUGGAGCCUGGCACCCCGGGAAGCUGCUAUCUGGACUCAGGGCUGCGGCGGCGUCUGCGGGAGGAGUGGGGCGUGAGCUGCUGGACCCUGCUGCAGGCCCCCGGAGAGGCUGUACUGGUGCCUGCAGGGGCGCCCCACCAGGUGCAGGGCCUGGUAAGCACAGUCAGCGUCACUCAGCACUUCCUAUCCCCCGAGACCUCUGCCCUCUCUGCUCAGCUCUGCCACCAGGGGCCCAGCCUGCCCCCUGACCACCACCUGCUUUAUGCCCAGAUGGACUGGGCUGUGUUCCAAGCAGUGAAGGCAGCAGUGGGGACGUUACAGGAGGUUAAAUAGGGGAAACCCAGGUGUCUGGGAUAGGGGUGGAGGGCAGGUGCUCAGCCCAGGCAGAGCUUCAGCAGGGAAUGACGCUGGGGAACUUGGGGACUUUUGAUCAAUCCCACAAGCACCACUCUGGGCACAAGUAGGGGACCCCAUUACUUGCCCCUGCCCUGGGCCCUAAAGCCAAUAACCACAGUGCUACCAAAGCUCACACCUGCCUUUUGCAGGCUGGCACCUGCUCCACCCCUGUGCCCCUCUGCAUGGUACCAAGCCCACAUUGGGGGUGACUGACUCCCUCCAGCCCCCACCCCCCAACCCAGGAGACAAAUAGCCCUUCCUUGGGGGACCCUGGGAAUGAUUCUGGCUUAAGCAACACCUCUUCCUCUACGGUCCCACCUGUGCCCCAAGCUCUGCUUAUACCACCUGCAUCCUCACCGGGCCCCUGGGCAACCCUUCACACUGCAGGCACGCUGGACAAGGGGCCAUGGAAGUUCUGCUCUCCUGCAGGAAGAGCUGUGAAGCGUGGGGAGGGGAUGGCAUCAGGGACUGCCAGGCUUGGCUGGAGGGAAGGCACGGGUGAUGCCACCCUGCUCCUGCCCCCUCCUCCCCACUCCCUCCUUUGUGAUUUCCAUUAAAGUCUGUUGUUUUGUGACUGCUGCCAAUGUGGUGGCCUUGCUCCUGCAGGCCACAUGGUCUGGGGAGGGAGGAGAGACACAGAAAUCUGCUCUGUAGCAGAGGCAAAUGAAGCAGGGCAGGCAGGCUCGGACCAGGCGACAGGGAGCUCAAACAUCACUGCCUGUUCUUCUGCUGGGGGCCUGGGUCUCUGCCUCCCACCGGGGAGCAGAGGGAGCCUGCAGCCCCCAAAGAUGCUCAGCAUCUACGACAGCAGGAAGGCAGCAUCCUGGGCAUGGCAGGGAGGUGGCCUCCCCAUGUGGCACGCACCUAGAGAUUCUGGAGCCCCACCCCUCCCAGCAAACUCCAGGCUGCCUCAUCUGUCUUGCCUGCCCUGACCUGGAAAUCCAGGAGUGUGGCACAGGAGAGCCCUUGCCCAGUCCGUCUGCCCUUGGUGUCCAGGGCCAGCCCCAGGCCCAGCCACUUGCUGGGGACUGAGCUUCACUGCCUCAGACAGCUGACCCCUUGUCCUCCCCGCCCCGUCCCCACGGCACUUCUGGUGUGGCUCUGCCCCGGACCCCUUCCUUUGUGUAUCUCAGCCCUCAACUGCGCCAACUGUUGUCAUACCUAAUUGUUCUGCUGUGGUUCGGAGAAUGUUUUUUUUUUUAAUUAAAUAAAGUUUUUUUUUAUUAUAAAGGUAA